AUGACCGUAUACGCUUCGAGAAGACCAGAGCCCUAUAUCAAGGCCACAUGUGCAGAAUGCCGCAACGCCCUGGAAUUCCUUCCUGAAUCCGGUCUCAAGAAUCAAAAAGUCCAAGUCAAAUGCUGGUCCUGCGACAAGAUCUCUUCGUACGAGCUAGAUGCUUCAGGAAACGACAUUAAGAAGAACAACGGCAAAUCAGCUUCCCGAUCAUGGCAGAGGAAAGGAACAGAUGAAAAGCCUGUAUCAACCGAAUACUAUGAUCUGCUCGGUGUAUCCCCCUUGGCAACUCCUGAAGAGAUCAAAAAGGCAUAUCGCAAGAUGGCUAUCAAGUAUCAUCCGGAUAAGAAUCGGGACGAUCCGACUGCUGAGGAUAAGUUCAAGAAAAUAUCCGAGGCGUAUCAAGUUCUUUCAGAUCCCAAGUUGAGGAAAAAGUACAAUGAAUAUGGUGAAGAGAAGCCUGAAAAUGGAUUUAUGGAUCCUGAGGAGUUCUUCCGUCAAUCGUUUGGUGGAGAGAGAUUUGUGGAUAUCAUUGGCGAGAUUUCUAUUGGAAAGGAUAUGCGAGAAGCACUUGAAACAGCAGAGGAUGAGGAAGAGAAGAAUUUGACACCUGAACAAAAGGCCGAGCGAGAUGCACAAAAAGAGAAGCAGGAGCAGGAGCGUGCUGAGAUUCGAGCAAAGCGUGUGGAUUUCCUUGUUGGCAAGCUGAUCAAGAAGCUCAACCUAUAUACCGAAGAUGAUAUGACGCCUAGUCGACAAGCAGCUUUCACCAACAUUAUUCAAAUCGAAUCAGAGGACCUCAAAUACGAGAAUUAUGGCGUGGAAUUGCUACAUGCGAUCGGUGGAACCUAUAUCAUGAAGGCCAACCAGUAUCUUGGCAAGAACAUUGCAUUUGGAUUGGGCGGCAUGUUCCACACUGUGCGCGAAAAGGGGUACAUUUUCUCUGAGACAGUUGGCACACUACGCACUGCCCUUGAUUUGCAAUCGAGUUUCAGCGAGCUUCAAAAGGAAGAUUUAUCGGAAGAGCAACGUUCCAAGCUUGAAGAGGCAGCAGCACAAAAAGGUCUUGAGGCUAUUUGGCGAGGAUCCAAACUUGAGGUUGAAAGCGUGUUGCGUGAUGUGUGUGACAAGGUGUUGAGUGAUCCAUCCGUUUCAAAGGAGGUGCGCAAGAACCGUGCUUACGCGCUUAAAAUCAUUGGUGGCGUGUAUGUCAAGGUUCGCCCCGAUGUUUCCCCAAGUGAUAUCCCCAUAGAGAAUCCCUCAUCAUCAUCUAACAACUAA